CCUGUCCCUUCUGUCCCCCCCACCCUCUUUCAGCUGAUGGCGUUUGUAGCAGAAGAGAGGAAACGCUACACGGUCUACCCGCCCCCCGAGCAAGUCUUCACCUGGACACAGAUGUGCGACAUCAGGGAUGUAAAGGUUGUCAUUUUGGGACAAGAUCCAUAUCAUGGACCUAAGCAAGCUCACGGGCUCUGUUUCAGUGUCCAGAAGCCUGUUCCACCUCCCCCCAGUUUAGAAAACAUUUACAAAGAGCUGUCUACGGACAUUGAGGACUUCACUCAUCCUGGUCACGGUGAUCUGACCGGCUGGGCCAAGCAAGGGGUGCUCCUGCUCAACGCCGUCCUCACGGUGCGAGCUCACCAGGCCACCUCCCACAAGGAGAGAGGCUGGGAGCAGUUCACGGACGUGGUGGUGUCCUGGCUCAACAAGAACCUGCACGGGGUUGUCUUCAUGCUGUGGGGAGCCUACGCCCAGAAGAAAGGCAGCUCCAUCGACAGGAAGCGCCACCACGUCCUGCAGACGGUUCAUCCCUCGCCCCUCUCUGUCAACAGAGGGUUUUUUGGCUGUCGGCAUUUCUCGAAGACAAACGAGUUGCUCAAGAAAUCCGGCAAGAAGCCCAUCGACUGGCGAGCGCUCUGAGCGGCGCGCAGGAGCCGCUGGGGGCCGGGGGUUGGGAAGAGCCCCUGGUUCAGCGGGUGUCUUGUUUCUGAGAAACUUUUUUGCUG